AAGUGAAAAAAGGUGACAGUUGUUCGGAGCUUGUGACGCGGACGUUACGGGAUUGUUCUCAUGAGGUCACCAUCCCCUGCAAGAAGUGGCAAAAGUAUCAGGCGGGGCAGAUUAAGAUCGAUUGCAGCACGGAGAUUGUCGUCCCUUGCUGGAAUCAGUCUCGCUGUGGUCAUACGGCCCUAAAAGUGAAGUGCUCCGAAAACACCGCUG